AUGCUUCUCGGUAUAAUUGCUCUCCGCCUUGAAACAAAAUCCCCCACGGUUGACGCUGCUUCGAGUUCAUCACAAUCGGGGCCAUCCAAACUUGACGCAGCUCAUAAAACAAAAGAAGAAAAAAAGGACAUGAGAUCUGCUACUCGGCUCGCAAUCCCUUGCACAAUGGACAGCGGUCAGACUGCCACGGGACAAGCACGCUUCCGGCAGCAGAAGUGCUCGUUCAAGCCGCUUAAGCCCCACGCAGUGAGAAUAUGA